AGAACCAGAGACCAAAGACGGAGGAAAGGUAGCUCCUGUAGCUAAGACAUCGUUCAUUCAUUACUCUCUCUCUCUCUCGUGUUCAUUUUCUCUUCUCUCUUUUUGUGUUCUCUACUCUUUCUUCUUCUACUCUUACCUUCUCCUCGCUACUUUUUACCUCCGUUCAUCCGUCGUUGUCUUUUUACCGCUGCUGGUGGUAAAGACUUUGUUUUUACAGCUUUUCGGUGUUGCAAAAAUCGAUCGGAUAAAGUCAAGUCUUGUCGAUCGAGGGUUGCGAAGUUAAAGUUUGAAUUACUCAUGCAGAAGAACCUAUAGCAUUUUUGCUGCAGCUGCUUUGACGGGAAAAUGUUGGAAGCUCCAAAGUUUGCGGGACUUAUAGACUUAAAUGAAAACCAUGAACAUUAUGGACUGUCACAAAAUUUUUACCAUAAGCUUGGUGAGGGAUCAAACAUGUCAAUCGACAGUUAUGGGAGCUUGCGGAUGAGCAAUGGUGGAGGUUCUGUUGCAAUGUCGAUGGAUAACAGCAGUGUUGGAUCAAAUGAUUCACACACUCGUAUUCUAAACCACCAGGGUCUCAAGCGUGUCCACAAUAACUAUUCUGUUGCAGCUAGUGUAAACAAGGGGAAAGUUUCUCAUGGAUUGAGUGACGAUGCCUUAGCUAAAGCUUUGAUGGAUCCUCGAUUUCCUACCAAUGGGCUUGAGAAUUAUGAUGAGUGGACAAUUGAUUUGAGGAAGCUUAACAUGGGACCAGCUUUUGCACAAGGGGCUUUUGGGAAGCUCUAUAAGGGAACUUACAAUGGUGAGGAUGUUGCGAUCAAGCUUUUAGAGAGGCCAGAGAAUGAUCUUGAGAGGGCUCACUUGAUGGAGCAACAGUUUCAGCAGGAAGUCAUGAUGUUGGCAAGGUUGAAACAUCCAAACAUAGUUCGGUUUAUCGGUGCGUGCCGUAAACCCAUGGUGUGGUGUAUUGUCACUGAAUAUGCAAAAGGAGGAUCAGUUCGUCAGUUUCUCACUAAGCGACAAAAUCGAUCUGUGCCCUUGAAGUUAGCAGUAAAGCAGGCCUUGGAUGUGGCAAGGGGUAUGGAAUAUGUGCAUGGCCUGAAUCUGAUACAUCGUGACCUGAAAUCUGACAACCUACUGAUUGCUGCUGAUAAAUCAAUCAAGAUUGCGGACUUUGGGGUUGCUCGUAUUGAGGUGCAGACUGAAGGAAUGACACCAGAGACUGGAACAUACCGCUGGAUGGCUCCGGAGAUGAUCCAGCACCGACCAUACACACAAAAAGUUGAUGUUUAUAGUUUCGGCAUUGUUCUCUGGGAGCUCAUAACGGGGAUGCUUCCCUUCCAGAACAUGACCGCUGUACAGGCAGCUUUUGCAGUUGUCAAUAAAGGUGUCCGUCCAACCAUCCCUAAUGAUUGUUUGCCUGUCCUAGGUGAAAUCAUGACGCGCUGCUGGGAUCCUAACCCUGACAAUAGACCACCCUUCUCUCAGGUGGUCAGAAUGCUCGAGGUUGCAGAGACAGAGAUCUUGACAACGGUAAGAAAGGCCCGUUUCAGGUGCUGCAUCAGUCAACCUAUGACUACAGAUUGAUAUGGAAAAAGGAAACAGUAGGCAGUAAGAGCAAGAGUAAAGAAUUUGGGAAGGCAAAACAAAACUGAUACCAAAGUUUGCCAUUUGUAUCUACGAGGCAUAAUUUCGUCAUUCAGAUAGAAAAAAGGGAGAAAGUUAUGAUAAAAACUGUCUGUUUGUUGUAUCUUCUUUUUGUUUUCCUUUUCUCCUUGGAUUGAAGAUUCUGAUUAGUGAUAAUAGAAGUAUGUGUAAUUAUACAUGUCCUUUUGUGGCUGUAUUUAGAUCCUACCUUUUUAUUUUACUUUGAUCAAAUUUUAUCAG